AUGGUUCACACCCAAUUUGCUGCCUCAGUCAAGAUCUUUCGAUCUGACUCGGGUGGUGAAUACAUUUCUAAGGCUUUUCGUGCUCUUUUAGCUUCUGAGGACACCUUGCCUCAAUUAUCUUGUCCUGGGGCUCAUCCUCAGAAUGGGGUAGCUGAACGCAAGCAUCAUACUUCCCCUAUGCCUUACGCUCCUCCUCUCCUCACUUCUCCAGAGCUUCUUAGUCACUCAUCUCUUGAUCCUCCUUCUCCACUAUCUGUUGAGUCUCCUGCCGUGUCUACCUCUUCUUCUUCACUCCCUCCUGCUCACCCGCCAGUUUGUUUACUUUACCAUCAUCGAGAUUCCACUGUGACUCCACUAGUGCCGGUCCUCUCUGACGCAUCCCCUACUAUUGAUCCAGCUCCUGAGGUAUCCUUUCCUCCUUACUCUUUAUGA